AUGCUCCGCUCACCACUGCCACCAUAUGGGCCCUUGUUUCCCCCCACCUUACCUCCUCUCAUCUUUUACCCCUCCACUUCUUCACAGCGAGUGGAGGAGGAGUUGCUAUCGGACAUAUUCACGCUCACCACUGCCACCCCUCUAAACCCACCCACCAUCUUCUCCACGCCUCACUCCAUGCACGCUCCUUCCCCAGCGACGAGUGGAGGAGUGAGUUGCUAUCAGACGUCUUCACGCUCAUCACCGCUGGCCGGAUUCAAGAUGCCCUCAACCUCUGCCGGGCGGCGGCGGGCAGACCUGGCGGGCGGCGGUUCUCGGCGGGACAUGGGCCGCGCCGCCCAGCGCUGGGGCGGCAGGGGAGAGCUUCCCCACAGCCGCCACGUGGCGGGAGAUGAGUGGAGGGGCGAGGCGGGCGGCACAGGCGGGGGAGGUGGAGGGGGGGAAGGGGCGGGGAAGGCGGCUGUGGAAAUGGUCUCUGCUGGUGGCGUCUGA